UGCCUUUGUUCAUUUUGAGUCUUUGAGUCGAGAAGAUGAGGAGCUUUUUCGUUGUCUUAGCUUUUAUCGUCUCGGCCCUCGCGGACAAGGACUACAGCGGAUACCAGGUCCUCCGUGUCACUCCACAAAGUGAAGAUGAUCUGACUAUCCUCUCUGUGGUUGAGAAGGCCAUCAGUGAGAUGGUGGACUUCUGGAAGCAACCCCGUUCAGUUGGAACCCCCGUCGAUAUCAUGGUUUCCCCGGAAUAUCGUGAGCUCGUCCUCCGCUUCAUCGAGGCACGCGGUCUGCACGUCGACAUCAUGAUCGACGAUGUCGAGAAACUAUCCAACCAACAGAAAUCAAGAAAGUCGCCCUCUACCAGCGCCGAUUUUGACUUCAACAACUACCAUUCAUUGUCUGAAAUCAAUGAUUGGAUGACGAGUUUCGCUGCGUCUCAUUCUAGUCUUGUUUCUCUUGUGGACCUUGCCACGUCAUAUGAGGGACGUACAAUCAGGGCCCUCAAGGUUGGCUCAUCCUCGUUCUCUUCUAAGCCUGUCGUCUGGCUUGAGGGCGGUAUUCAUUCUCGUGAAUGGGUAUCUCCUGCUGCUAUGAUGUACAUGACAAACAUGCUUGUUGAGGGUUAUGGUAAUGAUGCUGACGUCACCGCCAUGUUGGAUACCGUUGACUUCUACAUGGUCAUCAACUACAACCCUGAUGGUUAUGAAUACACAUGGAGUAACGAUCGUAUGUGGCGAAAGACCCGCAGCAACAACAUUGGACGUGUCUGUGACGGAGUUGAUCCUAACAGAAACUGGGACUUCCAGUGGGGAAACGCCGGUACCAACCCAUGUGCCGAUGAUUACCAGGGUACCUACCCUAACUCCGAGCGUGAGGUCCAAGAAGUAACGGACUACAUCCUCGGUCUCAAUGAUGUCAGGGUAUUCAUCGACUUCCACGCUUACAGCCAGAUGUGGUUGACUCCAUGGGGGUAUAGCUACCGUCUACCUAGCGAUUACAAUCAGCAGUACUCGCUUGCCCGUGAUGCAAUAAGUGCACUCAGUGCGGUCUAUGGCACAGACUAUGUCUACGGAAGCAUCGCAAAUACAAUCUACCCAGCAUCUGGAUCGAGUGUAGACUGGGCGUAUGGUGUAGCUGGAAUCAAGUACUCGUACGCUGUCGAGCUUCGUGAUACUGGUCGAUACGGCUUCCUUCUGCCCGCAGAUCAGAUCGCCCCUACUGCCAUCGAGACCUUCGAAGCCGUCAAGGUCAUCGUCAAGGCAACCAUGUAGACUUAUAAAUAUCAAUAAUAGAAUACCAGAAACUCGAACAUAAGUUCAGAAUUAUGGAAGCGCCUAUUAAAUG